UAUUUUGAUCACAAGUGAAUUAACCUCAAUGGAGUCGAUUAAAGAUAUAUUGGCCUCAAUGGCUGAACAAUUCAAUACGACGAUGAAGGACUUCCAGCAAGAUCUCCAAAAAACUAAUUCUCCAGUCACUCCCUCUUCUCUCGCUACGGAAUUUGCCGCUUUUAAAACCUUCGUCGCCACGGCUUUGAAUUCUCUCCAACGUCAGGUGGAAUUAUUUACAUGUGAGUUUGACCGACUUGAAAUGCGUUCCCGAAGGAAGAUGUUGCUGUUCCACGGCGUGCCUGAAGAGAGGUCGGAAGACACCUCGGCGCGGGUGACUAACCUUGUCGCUGAACAUCUUGAUAUCGACCAGUUUUCUACAACCUGCAUCAAAAGAUCCUAUCGACUGGGUCGUACAACAGAGACAAAACCUCGUCCUAUUGUGGUUAAGUUUUCGGAUGUGUCUGUGCGAAGUAAGGUCUGGUUCGCAAAAACAAAGUUCAAGGGUACCGGUGUUACGCUGUCCGAGUUCUUGACCAAAGCCCGACAUGACUUAUUUUUAGCGACGAGACGGCAUUUUGGAGUGGACAAGUGCUGGACGCGUGAUGCAGUUAUACACGUUAUUGCUCCGGACGGAUCGCGACAUAAAAUCGAAAGAAUGAUGGAUUUCGAGAAGAUUGUCGCUUUAUCAAACUCAAAAUCUGCCGUGUAA